CAAAAAAUGCGUGAUGAAAUGAAAUUCAGAGAAGAAAUUGAUUGUUUCUCGGAAAACUGACUGAACGAAGAUUAAUUUCCUUGAAUUUAGUUUUGAAAUUUGACAGUACAAUACCUAAAAUACAAAAAUAGUUGUCACGCGGUUGUGUUUAAAUUUUUAGGCUUAAAUUAUAAAAGAAAAAAUUGUUCAGUUUGUUUCUUUUUGUGAUGAUGUGCCGGUAAUUAGCUCAAAUGCAAGUGCAAAGAAAAAUUAAUGUAGUGGCUCAGCACGAUUUUGAGGACGGGAUGGAUUCAAAACUUAGCUUGAUGUCUUCGAAGGCUAUGGAGACUCGUUAUUACGAGGGCUGUGGACGCGAAGGUCCAAUACGAUGUAUAUUUUUGGGGGAAUUCCACCCUGUGGCUGGCCCAAAGAUUUCAUGCCAGUUCCCCGAAGACUAUAUUUCUAAAGAAGUCUUUGAUACAAUCAGUGCUUACAUCAUUCCAAAACCACUAAUACAGAAAAGUACCAUGACAAUAAAUGCUUUAGGUCAUAAGGUAGUUGGGUACCCAAUCAGAAUCGACAACUCCAAUUAUGACCGUAAUAUGUAUGUCUUCAAUUUAUGCUUUGUGUGCGACAGUUGGUCUAAAACAGUCCAAUAUGAACCUGUUGUUAAAAAACUUGGUGAACACCUGAGAAUCAUGGAAGAAGAGACCAAAUUUGUAUCCAGCGGUUGCAGCAAGCUGCCCACACUCCUGGCACAUCUCCUUCACGAUUUGAACAUGUACAGAAAAGCCACAAUUGUUGAAGGCGAUACAGUUAUGCACUUGAAAGUCCUGGAGGUGCGGAAGGACCCAGCGCCGGUGCACGAGCACGAUGUGCCCGUGCUGGUGGCGUCGGUGGGGCUGCCGCGGCCCGGCCGGCCUCAGCGGACUGUGCCGCCCGAGGGCGCCGAGCCGCCGAGCGAGCACCUGGACGUCGAGGACGACGAGCCGUUUGAAGUUGACCUGACUGCCGAUUGGGACCUUACUACCAGACAACUGCUUCCUUACAUUAACGGAUACAACCACGUUUCGAAAAUUGCGGCGGACACCAACGUUGAGAAGACAUUAGUGAAAUCAUGCAUCCAGAACCUGCUGUACUACGGAGUCGUUACUUUGAUACCGGUUCUGAAGUACAGCAACAUGUACCGGGCCACCCCCAAACUGAGCCGUUUAUUCGUCGAUCACGAGUUGCAGAAGUCGUGCAUCACCUUCAUCACCAACGGAUCGGACGCCAGGGAAAAGCCUGUCAUGACGGACGUGUUGGACAUCCUUUGCUCGCUGCAGCAGGGGACGACCCUGCGUGCGGUGUGUGAACGAUACUCCAACACCCCUGGCGUCGCGUUCGAUGUCCGGAGGCUGGUGGUGUUCGCUCUGCUCCACAGCCUUAUCCAGUGCCUUAAAAGAUACCCGGUGUUCGUCCGCUACACUGCGCGCCCAAAUGGCUACAACGGCCGCUUCGACAGCCUCGGCAUCCGGCGGCUGUUCACGGGCCAGCAUUGCACCGACGAGAUUUGUCUCAUGGCGCGUAUCGACCUCCCCACCCUCGAGCAGAUCAUCGAAGAAGACCCUAACGUCGCGGUCAUUUGGAGGUAACCAGGAACGUGUGUACCCGUCAAUGGACCCACUUCGUUUGCGCAUCUUUUGGAUUCGUUGCUAUGUAUGUUAGGUUAAUGUUAGGUUUCGUUCGCGACUCGCUCCCGAUGGUCCUGCUUCGUCUAUCUUCGGCUGCGACCGGCACAGACGCAGACGUGUGGGGCCGAACGUUCGCGAAAUAGGACCCCGUUCAUAAUUCUCUAAUUCCACCCACCUAUCAGCUUGUGAGUGUACGCUCGCGCACGAUACGGCUGCACUUUUUCACACUGAACGCCUUGUGUGCUCGGUUUCUUUAUUCAAGGACUUAUCGUUGUGUGGUUCUCUUUCUGCUCUUGAAAAGUUGGACAGGACAUGCAACCGAGAGUGCAUUCGACGAAUCCGUCGUCUAGUUCUUUCUUUCUUACAUGAGUGUUAAGGAUCACCACUGUCGAUGAUAAUGUUUUGAAUUUUGAAUCCGAUAUUACUAGCCGUCGACUGCGCGACUGUACAACUAGGUAUUGCGUAGGGAGGAAGCGAGGUCGUGGAACUGUUGGUACUUUAUCCUCCAAGUCCCUCCCUUCAUCGCGGGGUGGGUAGCACGGGUGCCGAGCACUCGUGUCGCUCAUCAAGCAUCUUCAUCGUUUGAUGUAAUUUAUUUGAAAAACGUUAUAUUUAUUUUCAUCAUUGUUAUCGUUCGUCACCUUAUUUAUAAUAGUCAUUUAGGUGUAAGCGUUUGAAUGCCGUCGAUAGGCAUUUAAGGUUAGGAUAAGUCGUUAGUCGUGCUAAGAUCGUCACGCCUGCCAACGUAGCUGCACAUCUUCGUUCGCAGCGGACCCUCUCUAUAUCUUCGUUCCAAAUUACUCUCUUGUUCAUUCACUAAAAUUUUGCUUUGACCGCGGACCGUCUAAAACUCCUCAACACAUCUUCAUUCUGACCGCGGGCGUUGUCUGUCUCACCUGUCACCUUGCAAUUUUCUUGAAAAACUUUUGUCUUAUUAUCUUAACAUCUAUCGGCUAGCUUAUGGUGAGUCUUAUCUCGUCCUUCACGCGGCUUUAAGUAACUCCAAGUACCGUGUGGUCCACAAUCGUCUUGCAACAUAGAUUGUGCUCAAGCUAGCGAGUCUACUCUCACCCUUAGAUGUGCAGCUUGGCAGCCUGUUUGCUUCACAUAUCCCCCAGUCACUCCCUUCCCAAUCAUCUUCACGGUUUGGUGUAUUUAUUUAAAAAGCGUUAUAUUUAAAUUCUUAAUCGACAUCAUUGUGCAUCGUUUUAAUUUGUAACAUUGAAAUGCCAUCGGUAGGCAUUUAAGCAUAGGAUAGGUCGAAUCGUUGAUCGUUAGUCGUGUUAAGCCACCGCAUCGUCUCCGCUUUGUUCGCAGCGGACGGACGCCGCGACCAGCAGCCGCCCGUUACGAACUCGAAUCCUAUCUAAUCUAUCUUCAUCCCACGAAAUAACUUCCUAAAAUCUUGUUCCGAUUGCGUCAUCUAGACGUUUUGCAACCUUCCCAAAUUCUAAAUUCAUUUAACUUUAUCUUCAUGUUGGCCGCGGGCGAAAUCGAUCUCGCCCGUUAUUAUAAUGUCCUAACAUCUAUCACGGUAGUUUCUGGCCGAGCCCUGCCACAACGGUGACGCGGUAUAUAUCGUGCUUGAGUUGCCAUUUUGUAUGAGCUUUUAUCAGACAAAAUACUCAACUUAUGUCACUGUGUGGUUUAUAAACGUUUCAUGGCUGUGACAGUGUUCGCUCAGGGCACAGGCUAUCGUGAACUUCCCUUACCUUAGACGCGGAGCUCGGUGGCCGUUGUAUCGUGUUAUUACUUUACCCCCGGUUAUUUAUUUAUCGUCGUUCCCCUCCCCUCCCUACCCUUAUACCUCCCUUCACGAACAUUCACGGUUUGGUGUAACUUUAUUUAAAGAAUCGUCGUAUUUAUUUUCAUCAUCGUCAUACGUCCUUCAUCGCCCUUACUUAUAAUGUUUAGGAUUAGGUUAGGUCGAAUCGUGUUAAGGUCGUAAACGUUCGUUCGUACCCGCUACGUUCGCCGCUAGCUGCUCGCGCGCGAACGUUCGCAGCGGGCGAUCGCUCGACCUACCGCUCGCCCGUUACGAACUCGAAUCUAUCCUCUCUAAAUCUAACUUCAUUACAAAAGGUCUUCCGAAUCCCUUCUUCCGGUAAAGUCCUGUACCUUUUGUUUCGGGCCUCCAAAUUCUAAAAUCUGUAUUCUUGGCCGCGAGUGAUCUCACUCGCCUUUUACUAAUCAUUCUUUGGAAAAUGUUUGAGUAAUUCUAGUCUUUCGUCUACGUCGCGCUAGUUCACGCAGAGCAUGAGUAAGAUCGAGGUAUGAGGUGCAAUUUUGCGUGAUUUUAAUCAAGCAAAAUUGUGCCUUAUGUUCUUGGAUCUACAAGUCAGACCAGCGACGCGUUGCUCCGAUUGAACUAGUGUCAGCUUCUCUAGGCCAGCAGCCGGCGGCUCGUAUCCACCAUUACUUUGCCCACGUUCCUUUCCCGCGUCGCCAGUGUUGCAAUACAGUGAACCCGUAAAACCGAUCUGUAUUAUCCGCUGGAAACGCUUAACGUAAAUAUUAUUUUCCGGCAUUCACGUGCUUUCUAGGUAUCGAAUCGCGCAUAGAUAAGAUAUUUAACCACAGUUGCACUUAUUAUUAUAGAAGAUAUUGUUUGGUGUAACGCUGCCAAUGCAUUUAGAAUAAUAGAUAUAAUUAGAAUACUACUGGAGGUACCUCGCUACGAGUGUUGUUUUGAGGUAUCUGCUCUUAUUUUAAGUCAGCACAUUGGUUUAAAGUCACAAAUCCUUGUCCGUUUAGGGUACUCCCCUCGUAUCCAUCCGCACAGUUUAAGUGAAUCUCUCAUUGUCAGCACUGUUUAGGUUAACCAGUCAUAAUUUUCUCAGCACAGUUCAGGCAAAUCUCCCGUUAUUGUCAGCACCGUUUAAGUCAAACCCGUCAUCGUUUAUCAGCAUCGUAUCACUAAAAUUAGGAAUUAUAGCAAUAAAUGAGUAAUAAUUUUUCUGGAAUGUGGCGAAUACAGAAGGUUUUUGAGAGAAUUGGUCAUGGGAGGUCAGAAGGUCGUUCUAUCACGAACUCGCAGGUAGCCUAUAAAUAAUGUCUGUUAAGAUCCGUAAACAUGCAACACCUAUUAUACCUUGGGUUUGGCUACGUCAUACUAUCGACCGCAAUCGCAACCGCAAUGUCCAAUCGCGCGAUCUGACACCGGCGUUCACAGGCCGCAGCAACAAUGCGUGCACGUUCAAUAAUAAAUUUAAAUAAAAUAAAAAUAAAUUCCACCAUGCAUAUUCCACCAUGCAUAUUCCACCAUGCAUAUUCCACCAUGCAUAUUCCACCAUGCAUAUUCCACCAUGCAUAUUCCACCAUGCAUAUUCUACCAUGCAUAUGCAUACCAACAGCAGGCUGCGGUCGAAUGCGGUUGCUCUGCGGUCGGUAGCGUCAAUAGCGAAGGUCGGUGACGUCACUAAGAUCAACACCCACCACAGACUGCGAGUAUAACAACUGAAUGGCAGAAGGUUUACUUUGGGAAUGAAUGAACAUUAUUCAUUCAUAGCCCGAAAAGGAUUGAAGCUUCCGAUCGAAUUAGAACGUAGAAUUGAGCAUUGAGUACUUAAUUGAGGAAUUUUAUCCUGGAAAUAUUAUGAAAUUAAAACCGGGGUUCGUUCUCAUACGAAUGAUAUGUGAUAACUUCAAAAUGCUAAGAAGAAAUUAACAAUAAUUUUUUGUACCGUUUUAUUGACUAAGGCUGGGUUGCACCAUCUUAUUUUAACUUUAACUUUAACAAACGUCAAAAGCCUAUCAAAGUACACCGGUUAUAGUUAAAAUAAGGUGGUGCAACUCAACCUAAUUGUGUAAAAUGGUCGAGGAAAUGUAUAACAUCUGCACUAGUACUUAUCAUCAUAAUGAGCGCUGUGAAAAUUCGAAGUGGCGGUCUUUGUGAACGAAAAUAAUCUAAAAUUAAUUAUGUUAAACGAAUGAAAGUAAGUGAAGGUAGGGCUCAGGACUGUCAGUUGUUGUAGUCGGUUGUGGUGUGUUGUUCUGUCACUCAGAGCGAUACUAUCGCAUUACAGUUUGGUUAAGAUCCGUCUAUACAUACACCUUCUGUGUCGGACGCGACGGAAACAAAUACUAAGCAAAUUAGUUUUUAAGCGAACGUGAGAACUAGUGAGCGAGCUAAUGGGCGUAAGAACAAACGAAGGCCCUACUCUUGAAUAGUUAUCUAAACGGCUCGGAAAAGGAGUCCCUUAAUUUUUGAAUUACAAUUAAAAAAAAUUAACAAUGGAUGUGAACUCUCCCGAAACAUAGGCAAAUAAUGUUGUGAACAAUAUUCAUAAAUCUACAAAUAUACAGUUCGUUAGAAAAUAAAGCUUGAUUCCGACUCACCACUCGGGGAUUGAAGGGACUGAUUGCUAAAGCUUCACUCACAGUUCUAAGCUGGUCUUGCCAAGGUAUUGGCUGAAUUGAACCUACAGGGCUUCCAGCUUAUUCACACGAUACAGCCGCGAGGCCGCCGGCGUGUGGGGACAAAUAUAGAGUAUUUAUUGAAUCACUGACCGAGCUAUUUUUAUGUAAGGAAUGGCCAUGGCUUCGAGCUAGCGGCUUGGCGAUUGAACGUGUGAACGAAGCUGGCUGGAAGAAGUAAUAUUUGGGUGCGUAAAUGUGUAAUUGGCCCUGUUUGCUCAAGGGGAUGUAUGUUUAUGCUCGGACUGUACACGCUAAGUAUUUGUUUCCGUAGUGGCCGGUAAAGGCACCGUCGUAUUCGUGACGAACGACUUCGAAAUGUAUUCGGCGUGGUAUAAUCGGUUUUCGAACUGGAAUACAAAACUAUAAUUAUUAUUGUUCCUCUAAUGGCACACAGCGAACGUGUGCUAUUCCUACUUCGACUCGAACCUACUUAAGUACUUAUUAUUGGUUGUCGCGUACGGUUUUGUAUUGCACUCGUAGUUUUAGUUUUUACAAAGUAUUAUCAUUUUAAAAACGGUUUACUUAGUUAAUUUUUUUAGGUUUUAAAUUUUCUAGUUUAUGUAAUCGUUUGACGAUUUAUUUCAGUUUAGGUCAUUAUUUAUUUCUUUAUGUUAAAAACAUUUUCGAUGCGAAAAAAUUUAGUUUGCGCGUAGCGCGUUUUUAAAUUAUAUCGUUUCACAUGAGGCCUUUGAAAAGAUUAUAUGAAUUACAUAUGUUUAUCUUACAUUGCAAUAUUAUUUUUGGUUGCAGUUACGGUCAAAUUUCGCAUGAUUUUAUUUCCCAUGAAAAAACAUCUAGGAUCUGGGGAUGUAUUUUCGAAAAUGGGGGUUUGGAGAAGCGUAAUUUUAUUUCAAAACGUUUGUACGUACGAUUUCAAAAUUUGAGACGAUAUAAAGAAACUAUAAGGGAGAUGCUACGAAAGUUGUCGUGAUUUAAGAGCUGGCACACGGAUCCUUUCGUACGAAGGAUGGCAAGGGCCGAUUGGUUUGCAACACGUUAAAACCCCAUGUAGGUACCUAUUACCAUUUUCAAUUAAAUCUACUACCAUUCAUUCGUAAUAGUUGCUCACUCUUAAUGUUUAAAUUAAUAUUUCAGAAUUUAUAAUAACUUGCAAUUAAAUGUGUAACCGAAUCAGAUUAUCUUCCUAAAAGUAUUAAUCGUCGUAGUUUAUUGGUAGUACUUGUUCAUCAGUGGCUAGCCACUGCUUUGUCGCUUGGGUUGACGCUACAUUAGCCGUCAACACCCACCUUAGCCUUUUCUCGUAACCCAUGUUAUAUCGGGUGUUUCCUUCAUAUACCGAUGCCGAGCCUUGUAUGCUCCAGCAUCGACGGACUAUCUUCAAUAAUCGACAUUUACGACCUAUUCCUUCACAUAACCGACACCUUUCCAUAAAUUGUAAUGCACAGUUGUACGUAUAUUAUAGCCUAAAAUUUUAUAUGAUAUUCGUGCCUUAUCAUAGUUCUACGUCGCUGUGCAAACCAGUGCGUAAUAUAUUGAUCUCGUUCAAAUGUCUUCCAAAGUUGAUUAGAUUGCCUUCCGUGUUUGUUUCUGGCUUAGGAGGUCGGCCCUCGCGUGGAAUAUCUCACAUUGAGGUUUGCGACGCCGACUGUCCCUAUUCCUUCUGCUUUUUAAAGUCAGUUGCGUUGUCUAAUUAUACCAGGCUCCUGUCGACUCCUUGUAGGCACGGCACUAGUGACCGGCCGUAAUGUCGACAUGUCAAAAUUUCAAUAAUACUUGUCCUUGUCUCUAAGCCUCCUCCAGGAUUAGUGUUGUUUGCUUAUUACCUAAUACCGAUAUGCCAAGUCAAUUUCAUCGCUGGUUUCACGAGUGUUACUUUAACACAUUGGUGUUAAACAUUAUUUACUAUAACAUCACCGUUCCAGGUUAGGACAUACUACGAAAUCAGUUUCGGUUAAGUGUCUUCUGAUGUCACUGUCGCGGAAUGUGUACGCACUCAAUGAAAACAGCCACCACAAUUCUGCUGAGUUGAUCGUUUCAGAAUGAUUUCUCAGAUUAAGCCUAAGACCACCUUGGCAACCAGAAAUGGUGACAAAUUCUGUGCGCGAUUACAAUAACAGAAAAUUAAAUGAGGGAUUGACACUGACGGCUCGGUAUCUCUGUGUGUUUAUCUCUUGUUAGUGUAUCUCCGUGUCUCUUAAAUUAUAUCAAAAUUUCCCUAUACAGGGUCGUCAUCCGCUGUACGUCAGCAAAAGGCGAUGCAACUCACGUUCGUUGAGUAUCUUGUCACUGUCUCUGUAUUGUAGCCUUUUUUCAUAGCGCAGUGGUAGUGAGGCCUGCCCUUCGGUAAGUGUGUCGACCAGGUGGUAGUACUUCGUGCGAGUACGCCUGGGUGGGGACCACCGCUCCGCCGCUCCCAUCGGGCCGGCCGGUGCCUGGCAUCGCGCCGGCCGGUGCCUGGCAUCGCCGGCCGGUGCCUGUCAUCGCCGGCCCAUGGCGGGGUAGCCAGCACACUGGCACGUGAGACUCAACACCUACGUCUCUACUGGUGGACGUCAAAUACUUCGUGACACCCAAACUAACCAAAAACUACGCAACACGUCCUUAUUCCGCUUGGAAUAAGGACGUGUUGCCAACGUUUUGGCCACUUUGGGUGCCACGAAAUAUUGGACGCUGACUGUAAGCUGUAGCUUUAUUGACCACUCCAAUAUCUUCUAGACUAAUAAAAAAUCCAAAAAAAAAUCAUAAAAUACAAAAAGUAAAAAAAAUAAACAUCUGUGCUACAUGCGAUUCUCGGAUCCCAUGUACCUAUUCUAUUUUAUUUGCUGGCCGUUAUUUCUUCCUUCUGUUUCGACGAGCCGUUCAAACAAAAGGGGGUAAUAAUCAAAGUCAGUCAAUGACGCCAGGCCGCGCCCGUCUUGAGUUUCAUUCAGUAAACAUUAGUCUAGAAGGUACGGAUACAGUUAUAAAACUACAGCUUACAGAUUUACAGCAAAGUCCACCAUUAUAUACCUUAAAUGUAUCUACCAUCAGCGUGUCUUUCCAGUUUAAUAUUAAUUACUUAUUACGUUACAACAAUUUUAAACUCAGGUUAAGUUAAUUAAGUCAGAUUAGGAUCAUUAAUUUAAACUUCGUUCGAGCGGGUCUUGAGUGGUAUCGCCACGUCCCGUCGCUCAUUGCGUGGCGGCCUGUACACUGUAGCUUUAUUCAACACUGCAUUGUCUUCUGGACUAAAAAAAAAACAAAAAAAAUACAAAAAAAAAUAUAAAAAAUAAAAACCAAAAAAAUGGAAGCCUAGUAUUUUUAAUUUUAAUGGCCGGUAUUUCCUCCUCAUUUUAAAACAGACGUUUCAGAAUAAGGGGGUAAUAUUCCUGUCUGUGUGACGCCAGGCCUCGUUAUUGUAUGAUCUUCAUUUCAUCUUGAUGUUGAAUUAUUAUUGAAGGAAGUUUUGCAGCUGAUGUCCAGAGCUACAGUUUACUGGUUGUCAACAAUGGGUAUCACUAAACACCACGCAAACCUUUCGUUCUUUUCGCCAUUCUUUGCCUUUAAUAUAUCUACCAUCAGUGUCUUCCCGAUUGAAAAUUUAUUACCUGUUGCGUUACAAACGUUUUGAAAAUUGAAUUUAUUAAUUUGGUUGAAGAAGACAACUACUCGCUUGGAAGAGAGUUUAAGGUAUUCUGGUUGAACAACUACCAGCUUGAAGGAGUCAUGUGGGGUGGAGGGAGGCUUUCAUGCGAAAUUUGAUCCAUCGCAUGCAACUCUAACGUAGAGAUCGCGUGAACAACACCAGACGCGAUAUUACGUUAGAUACGUCACGUAACAUCUUGGGGAAGGAAAUGGUCGCGUAGACCACCUUGCGCGACAUCAUGAUAUUACGCAACAACUUUGGGACGUGAAUUUAUAGUCUAUAUGCGCGUAAACACCACCUACGCGAUAUUAGAUCGUGUAGUGAGUCCAGUACACCUUUGGGACGAGAUAGGGUCGUGUGGACAACAUCUAACACGACAUUGGUUGUGCAAGACAUAUAACACCUCUGUGACAAUUAAAAGGGUCGUGUGGACAACACCUCACGCGAAAUUGAUAAUGCAAGUCACGUUACAUCUUUGUGACGUAUACUGUCGCGUGAAGAACAUCUCACGCGACCUUUGAUCAAAGAAUAACGCCCGUAUUCACAAACAUUACUAUGAGGUCUCACAGUGCGCGUGGACGCAUAGGGUGACACACGAACCAAUCACUGAGCUCUAUUCAACGCUGUGCGUUCGAUUUGCUGUUUCACUUAAGCAAGUGUCGUUUGGGAAUACGGGCGUAAAUCUAUUAACACGUUAGCGACGAGAAAGGGUUGUGUGAAUAACAUGUCACACGACAUUGGUUGAGCGUCACACUACAUCGCGGUGACGAGAGUAGUCGUGUCCACAUCAUCCAAUGCGACUCUGUAUGGAAGUCAUGUAACACCUUUUUGACAAUUAUUAGAGUUGUGUAAAUAACAUCUCACACGACAUUGGUUGAGCGUCACGCUACAUCGCGGUGACGAAAGUCUUUGAUCAUACAAGUCCAAUAACAUCUUUGUGACAAUUAAGAGGGUAGUCGUGUCCAUAACAUCACGCGCGACAUUGAUAAUGGAAGUCAUGUAACACCUUUGUGACAAUUAAGAGUAGUCGUGUCCACAACAUCUCACGCGACAUUGAUCAUGCAAGUCCAGUAAUCAAUUAACAGGGUAGUCGUGUCCACAAAAUCUAACGCGGCAUUGUAUGGAAGUCAUGUAACACCUUUUUGGCAAUUAUUAGAGUUGUGUGAAUAACAUGUCACACGACAUUGGUUGAGCGUCACGCUACAUCGCGGUGACGAGAGUAGUCGUGUCCACAACAUCACACGCGACUUUGAUCAUACAAGUCCAAUAACAUCUUUGUGACAGUUAAGAGGGUAGUCGUGUCCACAACAUCAAACGCGACACUGUAUGGAAGUCAUGUAACACCUUUUUGACAAUUAUUAGAGUUGUGUAAAUAACAUCUCACACGACAUUAUUUGAGCGUCACACUACAUCGCGGUGAUGAGUGAGUAGUCGUGUCCACAACAUCUCACGCGACAUUUAUCACACAAGUCCAGUAACAUCAUUGUGACAAUUAACAGGGUAGUCGUGUCCACAACACCACACGCGACUUUGAUCAUGCAAGUCCAAUAACAUCUUUGUGACAAUUAAGAGAGUAGUCGUGUCCACAACAUCUCACGUGACAUUGAUCAUGCUAGUCCAGUAACAUCUUUGUGACAAUUAACAGGGUAGUCGUGUCCACAACAUCCAACGCGACUUUGUAUGGAAGUCAUGUAACACCUUUGUGACAGUUAACUUUUCACUUGUUAUUACAAUUAGGCCAUGUAACAAGUGUGGUUGCAUAAAUAACACCUUAUGCGACAUUGUUUUUUUAUUUUUGAACUGGAUAGCCAGGAAUGUUUUUAAAGGUUAUAGCGAAGGAAUCACGCGUGUUCUACCAGUUCCUUUGUUCAGUUGGUCAACAUCCGAAAAGAUUUAUUUGUAUUUGUUGAUUGCUUAGGGUAGUUAGCAUAUAAAAGAUAUAAAAUAUAUAAUCUAUUCCAUAUAAGAAGAUAUUUUGUACUUUUGAUACCUAGAUUAAGAAAUAGUAGUUUAAGAGUAGGUAAGGGAUUUUUGUGUAAUUUCAUAUAUUAUCACAUUGAUUAUGUAAUAUUAAGACUAGGUACGCCUGGAGCUAACUAGACCCUCUGCCAUAUCAAGCUUGGUAUGACUAGAGCCGACUAGACUACUCUUCCGGGAAUGAUAUUUGUAUAACAUAAGCUACUAUUCUUGUCUUACUCAUUAUCCGUAGCCCCCUUCUUCUACUUCUUCUUUGGUUCUAUGGGCUUAGUAUAAGGAGUAAGACAAAUCUUAAGGUAUCUUUAUUUUUGUGCUGGCAACUCGAGACGAUGCAUUUGUCGUGCAUCGUCUACGAGUUGUCUAAAUUCUCCCAUUUAUUUGUUUUAUUUAGGUAUUUACGUUAAAUGUCAACUCGUAAACGAUUUUCAUUUUCACAAUUCAUGAAAAUUGGUCACGAGCUGUGUUCUUCUCAGUUCCCAAAUGUCGACUCGUGAACGGCUUCCUGAAACUGCGCCGAAGCCCUUCAGUAGUUGGCAGAGAUUAGGCUUUUUGUUUUAACAAACAGAAUUGUGACAAAAUAUUAUGUUAAUGUAAACUUUAUUUUUAAACGAUCUUCACGUUUGCAGUUCGUGAAAACCGUUUGUGGAAAGGCUGCGAUUUAUUUAAACUCAUACUUGUAAGUCUCUCAAAGCGAUUUCAGUCAGAUCGUCUGAGAUGUCAAGAGAGUGGUGGUUUAUUGUGUUUUCGUUUAAAUUGUAUCAUGAAAUAUCGUGAACAUUCACGUUAUAACAGUAUUAAAAUUACAAUUAUUUAGGUGCUCUAAUUUAUCGAAUGUUUGUACUUAAUUUAAGUAUUUGUUUUAGUACAAAAUAUCGUCAGACUUAAUGUCGGACGGAGUUUAUUUUAUUACGGAACUAAUUCGCCGACAUGGAAUGCUCGGCGGUGAGUGGUUAAGGUUAAGGAAUGGAUUGGACUGAUGUUACCUGCGCUCGCCUGCGGCCGGGCCUCAAAUUCAAAUUCUACCCCUUCUAUUUUUGGAUUACCUUAUUUCCUAAAUCAUAAAACAAAAAUAUCUCAAUAUGGUUCGGUCAACGUCCCAACAAAGGACUUUCCCGCUUCGACCACAGGCAGAGCGCAGUGUUUAUACAGUCGGCGUGAAACAGUUCGCGACACCUAAAGUAGCCAAAAAUACGUUCGCAACGCGGAUUAUGUUGACAACUUUUUGCCUACUUGGGUAUCACGAACUAUUUGACGCAGACUGUACUAAGCUGUAAGUUAAAAUAUUUUCGGCCUGUGUUAUGUAAUGAUAUAGGUUCGGUUCUACUGUUGGAUUUUCUAAAAGAAGCCAGCUGCCUAUGAGGGUUACCAUUAAAAAAUAUAUUUAGUUUUUUAUUUUUAGAAAAUCAUUGUUACUAUUUUGGCGUAUUCUUACUUUUGAUUGUGAAAAAAAAUGGAAUUAGUUUCGAAAUAGGCAGUUUCUUUAAUGAUUAGGCGGCGAUAUUUUUAAAAUACGUGUAGCUUAAGUUGCUGAAUAUUUUUGAAGCUUUAUAAUUAAGUAUAAUAAUUUAGUCUUUUAAUUUAUGGAUGUUUUUUAAAUCUUGAUGUCAGUCUCAAUGUAAACCCCAGUCAUAGUCCUACUCCCAGUCUCGAUGUCACCCCAAAUUACCUAUUGUCCGAUGUCUUGAUGUGCUUAUGUAACCCCUCCAACCCCCCUUCCCGAUGUCAUGCCCUUCCCAGACAUCCAUGUCCCCAGACCUCUUGGUCCUGUUUCUUUGAUAAUUCCCUAUCCCAAAGUCCACGCUCCCAGGUAAUCCCCAAUCCACGAAUUCCACGAUGUCCUUUUCCCCAAAUAAACUCCAUUCCCUGUAUAAUUUGCCCCAUUUAAUACCCAUUCCCAGAUAGCGUUAACACGUUGUCAGUCCUUUUACCUGUGGAUGUCGUUUCCUCAAUAUAACGAUAUCAGUCCUAUGUCCCCGUCCCCAGUGUCUUUUACUCGAUGUAUGUAAACCCCAGUGUUCGAUGUCGUUUGUAAAGCAAGUCUAGGCUCAGAAGUUUUGUAAUUCUUCAAUCCCAACUUUCGGGGGAAAUCGGAUGUUAAGUGGGGUUCUAUUCCGGAAAACUAUUUUGAUCUGUCUCUGUUCGUCUGAAGUGAGAGCGACGAUGGGCGGAGUCGAUGUUUUAAAACAGUUUUGCGGUAUAGGGCCUAAAGUUGCUGUAAGACUAGCUCGGUUUCAUAUUUCAAGUUCGAAAGCGUCGGCUGCGUCGACGCCACAAGGCGCCAGUCGCGCGGCGAUUGACCGCUGGCCAUCGAACUCCUUCUUGAGUGACGAACGUCACUUACUACUCUUAUCUAUAACUUCAAGGGAAUAAAGAACGAGAGAAUAUUUUCACCAUCAAUGAAGGAUAUAGUGAAAAGCCGCUUUCCCCCACCACCAAAAUUACCUCCUUUUCUCAUCUUGAUGGAAUGUGAUUAUAACUGCGAGCAAAAUCUUGUAAUGUGCAAUGUACUGGCGAAACGCCACGUGUUAAAGUUAACUAAACUAAGUCUUGAUUGUUGGCUAAAACUUUUUAAAAGUAUUUUUCUAUUUUUUACUUUUACUGUGAUUUGACUACUGUUUGUAAGACCGCGAAGGUUAUCCAAUGACUUAUGUUUUGGACGGUGGGUAAUGUUUUGUGUGUCACUAUACCAAUGUUCAUGAUUUUAGUAAGCUCCUAACUAAAGAUCCAAAAUUGGGUGUCUUGACAGCUGUGUAUUGAACAGAAAAGUUUGACAUCAAAAAUCAGGUCACAAAUUACA